AUGACGAUAUACUCUCUGCGAGAAGAGUUCCGUGUGCAGCCCAGUGACGUGGAGGUGGCGGUUGGCGAGGUGGCUGUGAUGAACUGCAGCCCACCAGUUGGACAUCCUGAGCCCAACAUAACCUGGAGGAAAGACGGGAUCCUAAUCAACAGCAGCAAUGAACAUUACACUGAACUGAAUGGUAAACUGAUCAUUGCUCCGGCCCAGAAGAAUGACUCUGGAGUUUACAGCUGUAUAGCCUCCAACACAGUUGGAGUGAGAGAGAGCCGAGCGGCUCGGCUCUCUGUAUUAGCUAAACCAGUGUUACUGCAUAAACCAGAGGAUGUUUCAGUGCAGCUUGGAGCAUCUGCACAGUUUUUCUGUGAGGCCGAUGGAGACCCUAUGCCUUCUGUAGAGUGGAGCCGAGAAAAAGGACCUCUACCCAAUGGCAGAUAUUUAAUCAACCCCGACCAGAGUCUGCAAAUCCACUAUGUGACGGCUCAGGACAUGGGCAAGUACACCUGCACUGCGGAAAAUAAGCUUGGGGUGUCUGUGGCCAGUGCACAGCUUCUUGUAGAGGACGUAGGAAGCACCAGACUGAGAGACCUACACAAGGAGCUGUCUGCCUUACGCGUGAGCCUGGAGAACGUCACAGUUAUGAGUACCGCCUCCAACAUGUCUCAAGUCAUGUGGAAGUUGCAGUCGUCUGCAGUGUCACAGCCUCAUUAUCUUGAAGGCUUUGAGGUGCUGUAUCGCUCUCUCCUGCCGGCCAGCUCAGACUGGACAGCUCAAAGGGUUCCUCAGCCUGGCCUUCACACACAUGUGGGACCUCUGAAGAGAGGCUACAAAUAUGAGUUCAAAGUCCGACCCUAUGGCAGCAGCCUGUAUGGCAGGGAAAGCAACACCAGACACUUACGAGUGCCAGAGAUAGUCCCCAGCGCGCCACCUCAGGAUCUGUCCAUAACAAUGCCCACUGACCGUAACGACACUGUGCACCUCAGCUGGGAGCCUCCACCUCAUGACGCUCACAAUGGAAUCAUUCAGGGAUAUCAGGUGUGGUGUGUGGAGUCAGAGGAACAGAAGUCUUUUAACUGGACGGUGGACAGUGGAACACACAGUAUUGAGAUCAGCACACUGCAGCCCGGAAAGCUGUUCUGGGUCACGGUGGCUGCCGUUAAUGGGGCAGGAGUGGGGGUCCAAAGCAACCCAUACAAACUGCUCAUAGAGUUGAGGCAGGAGGCGACACCGUUUCAGCCAGGCAUACUCAGUAUGUCUCAUUUCCUUGCUGUGAUUAAAGAGCCGGUAUUCAUCGGCAGCGUUGGCACCCUCCUGUGGUGUGUUUUGAUGAUUACUGCCGUGUUUUUGUACAGGAGACAUGUCAGACCCACCAACCUGGGAGGCAAACACUCAGGCUUGUAUAGACUGGAAAGUGAAGAUCUCAUCAUCAAACACAGGAUGGCGGCACCAGACUCUCCGUGGAUCUCUGGAGGCUGGAGGCCAGAUUCCAGCAGUGAGCCCAAGCAGGGCAUUUGGACCCCGAGUCAAGAGAACUCUGGCUUCCGGAGGACAACUCUGCCCAUUACGGCUAAAAAGGACUCCAACCCCCUCCGGUCAGCCGUCCCGAUUGUACCAGACAAUUGCGGCGUCUAUGGCACCUUUUAUGUGGAUCUAACCGGCAAUGGAAUGAAGACGUUUAAUAGUCCAGGUCACUGUCCCAGAAUGCCUCACGGCAAAUCUCAGCUGCAUAACUCCGAGACCGUUCGGAUCACCGAACCCAUCGUCAAAACUGCCGUCGUGAGGGAAGUGCAGGCGUUGCCAUGGAAACGUGCCCUCCCUGCCCAGCCCAACAUGGGAGUUCUGAAGGAAUCGUGGCAGAAAAAUUACAAGCGUGAGCUGCAUGCGGUAAAAAGUGCUCCGUUAAUGCCCGUGAGUCAACGAGCAUUGGCAGUGUGCAGUGCACCGAGUAACCAUCAGCAAAGAUUCAGUCAGCACCCUGCAGGUGGUGUAUCAGAGCCUGUGAAGCCACUGGGUUCUCCGCGUAUCCUGCACUACUCUGCCUCUCUGCAGCUGGUGGACAUGUUACCCAGCCCUCCGCCUCUUCCUAUGGAGGACAACCACAGCCUCAGCUCAGAGGACGAGUCUACCAGAUCCACUAAGUUGACAGUUGACAUCGGAUCUCAGCAGUCUGUUUGUGCUGCCUCUGGGCUCCAGGGUCCCGCUACGGUUACUACAGGCUGUCCAACCCACCACAGCCCAGCCCAGCCAAGCCCGUCCUACAGCCACCUGUCCACGGCCUCCUUCUGUCUCUCCACUGACGACUACCAGGACACCACGCUCAGUACUCAGGGCCACACUCAAUACAUGGAGAUCAGCCCCAAGCCACAGGGGCAAAGUGCGUCCCAUCAAAGUUCUCCUUCAAUGCCACGUCCAUUCUCUCCCACACCCACGUUUGGUUACAUCUGUGGGCCUGCCGACCGGGAGAUGGAUGACGAGGAGGAGUCUCGGGCAGUCGGCCUCAGAAGAGCCACACUGAGGAGCACGCCCUCAUCUUGUUGCAGCGAAUGGGAGGGUUCGUUGUGGAACGGCUGGGGUUCGGUGUCCGAAAGCAAUGUGACAAGCACUCGAACCAGUAUCAUCAGCUCUUCUGACUGCUCGUUCAUAAACGAUGCGAACUUUGCCCGCGUCUUGGCUAUGACAGCCGAAUCCAUGAGUGGUACUUUAUCAGAUUUCUCCCCGCCUGCAUCCCCCCUGAGUGUUCUGUUCCCCCCUCGAGAGUGUUUUGGAGAGGUGGAGCCGCUGCCCGUGUGGGACUGGAGCACCGCGUGGGUGGAGGAGUUGGAGGCCCAGUUUAAAGCCUCCAGAGAGGCCAGAAGAACCCCCACAUCUAGCCUACACUCGGGCAUUGAGCACUGGAGAGGACAUCUGGAGAACCCCUCGCACCGAUGAUCGACUUGCACAUGCCUAGAGGUAGUUUAUGGACUACAUUUCCCUGCGUUCCUCAGGGCAACCCCCCCUUCUUUGUAGUUUCGAAGGACUUGGGUAUGUAGCAAGGUCAAUUAAGUAGAAGAACACACUGCUGCAAGGUACAAUAGGUGCAGUUUAUAUGCCACUUUACAUAUGGACAGUUGAGUUGUACCACACCAUAAUAAAGACUAUUGUACAGGACGCUCAUGUUGCCAUUCAAAGAAAUGUAAAUAAACCAAUUUUAUUUAAUAAUCCUCCACACACGAUUUUGUAAAAUCAUAUACGCUUUUAUAUGACAGAGUUAUCUAAAAUACACAGGAAAUAUUAUUCAAGACGUUUUUUGUAUUUUAGGAGUCCUUUCUUAUUAUUUUAU